AUGGACCCAGAAAACAAGCCCAAAGGUCCUUCGCCCCACUACUCUCUCUACCAGCGUGAAGUUUUCCGGCACGGUGGUGAGACCGGCCAACUCCCAAGUUUCUCUGUUCACCCCGAAGAGCUUCAAGAGUCGACGAAGAAGAAGCUGGGCGACCGCGCAUACUUUUAUGCCAACUCGAAUGCGGGUCUUGGCUGGACCGACCGCGCAAACAGGGAGGCUUUCUACCGCUGGCGCAUUGUCCCCCGCGCCCUCGUCGACACCAACACCCGCGACCUCACUACCACUCUCUUCGGUCACCGUAUUCCUGCCCCCAUACUCUUUGCUCCAAUAGGGAUAAACAAGCUGUACCAUCAACAAGGCGAGCUUGUUCCCGCAAAGAUUGCCGGCGAACUUGGACUUCCCUAUUGCUUAUCCACUGCGGGGUCUCAGCCUAUUGAAGAUGUUGCGCGUGCCAAUGAUGCCGGUGCCGCGAUAAAGAACGAGAGCAACAGUGUUUGGAAAUACGAUGGAAAUAAUGGUGGGAACGCACAGAGCCCACGAUUCUACCAGAUGUACAUGGGCCACGACGAUGAGAUUACUCUGUCACUCAUGAAUCGCGCGUGGAAGUCAGGUUUCGACGUGCUUAUGCUGACGACGGACACCUGGCAGCUUGGCUGGCGUCCAACUGACAUCAACCUGGCAAACUACACGUUCUACUAUCCUGCAUGUGUAGGAAACGAAAUCGGCACCUCAGAUCCAGUGUUCAUGCGCAAGCAUGGCGAAGAGCUCGCGCGCGACUCGGGCAAAUGGAUCGACCACAGUGUCUGGCACGGGAAGCCGCAUACGUGGGACAAAGUGCGCUGGCUUAUCGGCGAGUGGAAGAAGAUGUCCAACGGGCGUCCCUUUGUCUUGAAAGGCAUCCAGAGUGCCGCGGACGCGAUCAAGGCACACCAGGCAGGCUGCGACGGUAUUGUCGUAACGAAUCAUGCAGGCCGCCAGGUCGACGGUGCGGUUGGGAGCUUGGAAGUCCUCCCAGAGAUUGUGGAGGCUGUUGAGGACAAAAUGACGAUCAUAUUUGACUCGGGCGUGCGUACAGGCUCAGACGUAUUCAAGGCCCUCGCACUCGGUGCUCACGCUGUCGAGGUCGGACGGCUGUAUGUUUGGGGCAUGGCCCACGAAGGCGAGGCCGGCUGCAGACACGUUAUGAAGAGUCUCCUUGCGGAUCUGGAUAUCACGAUGACAGUUGCGGGUUAUCGUUCCAUCAAGGAGGACGUGCACCUCAAUAAGGAUGCAUUGAGGUACAACCCUAGCGGUGUGCCUCCAGGUCCGAGUGAGCAUGCGAGGCUGUGA